GAAGUCUUUGCGUUUUUUAUUGUAAAGUUGGGAAGACAAAUUGUAGAUGCUUUGUAAUGAAAUUGUUUGUAAUUUCAUUGGUCUAUGAUGAAUUAUUUGUUAUUGUAAUUUUUAUUGUAAAUAAAAUGUAAAUUGUAAUUAGAGAUCUUAAUUUGGAAGAUUGUUAUCUAACAGGUUUGGUUUUAGAACUGUUUCAGAUUUUUUAAAUAUGUUUUGAAGAUGUUUUUAUCUACGUAGUAACGUAGAUAAUUGAAUUCAAAAAAUUCUUUCCCGGAAACCCUUCCAUUUUUGGAGAUUUUUUUCCAUUACAUGUCUACAAAUUAACACUACUUUCCCUGUUCAUUAAUUGUCACAAAGAAAAUUUAUUUUCUAUCAAGAAAAUUUAGUAUUGUUUUCAAUUUCGUAAAACUUUGUGUUAAAUUUGUGUUAAAAUAGAAAUUUAGGUUCCUCUUGUAACCUGCAUUCGUGUUAAGCUAAAUUUAUUUCUUAUUUUAAUUAAGAAUCCUUUUAUUCCUAAAAUUUGACCAUUCAAAAUGGAUAAGAUUAAAUUCUGUUGUGAUCGUUCUACAUGUCCAAAGAGACAGCAACUAAAAGAAGAUUCUUCGAUACAAUCAUCCUCUAUUGAAGGUAUUGAUCAGAAAGUCAAUAAAGAAACUCAAAUGUCUGCUAGUGUAACAACUACAUCAUCGGAAAGGAAUAGUGUUCCAGCUAAUUUUAAAACAGAUCUAAAUCAAAUGGAAGAUCCCGAUUUAUAUAAAAGGAAUUUGAAACAAUUAAAUAAUUUAAACAAAAAACUAGUUAAUUCUUUUGCGGAAACUUCAGGGGAUUUUAAAUCUUAUUAUGGAAAUUUGGACUGUAUAAGAAAACGUGUUAGGAAUUCCAGGAAUAUUAUAGCGCAACCUAUUUAUUUGGAAAUACCUUUAGAAAUUCAUUUAAAAGUUGUUUCGAAAUGUUUAAAUGCUCCUGAGUCAUCAAAUGUUCGAAAAUCCAACUGCAAUUGUACUUUAAACAAGCAAUCCGACAAUUGUGCUACUCGAUCAAAUCAAACUAAGAAUGUUUGUUUAUUUAAUAAGGAAUUUGAAACACAAUGUUGUUGUUAUGUGAAAAAAUCCGAAGACAUAGGUACCGAAACCAAAAUAAAGAUAAAGUGUUGCUGCAAAGGUAAUCAAACAAUUACUGAGCCUUUAUUUGAAGCAGGUUAUAUGCCUCCUUGUUGGUGCACAAUGCAGAAAUUCAAAGAGUGUGAUUGCAGCAACCAAAUCAUCUCAACUUCUGAUAAACAAGAAAAAACUAUAGAAGACACAAAACUAGAUUCUCCUUCAACUAGUGCUUCUACAAUUUUCAAACCACUCCCCCACAAAGCGAAUUCCAAAAAGAAAGUUUGCAAUUGUGAAAGAGAAAAACUAUCUUUAGAGGAAUAUAAUGAAAUAAUGAGAAAACCCUCUGCUAAACUAAGUUCAAUUAUAUGUGAAAAUAAGUUAAAAUGCAUAUGUGAUGUGGAAAAGCCCCAGCCCACCACCGAACCAAUCAAGAAAAUCUUUCGUUUGGUUUAUCCACAGCAUAAAGAUGUAGAUGUUUGUAUAAAAUGUCGCUUUGAGCCCAGUCCUUUAAUCGAUGAAAAUGGUCGAAUAUUCUGUCCAGGCAAUUGCGGCUGUUGUUUAUGUGCCUGGAAGCCUAAAGCUACAGCCAGUUUGGAGGCUGUAUUUCGUCACAGUAAACUCAAAGUUUGUCGCUGUAUCAAACGUUCUCCCAUAUUUAGUGACAUUUCCCAAUACGACUCAGCCUGCAGUCAAGUUUCCUACUUUGAUGUGUGUCCUUGUCGGGAAAAAGCCGAGGCCAAGCAUCUGGAAUUAUAUGGCUUCGAGAUGUGGGAUCAAAAUAAGAAAUUAAAGAAAAAAUUUCGUGGUCCAGAGGUUUUUUUGCAAGAUGUUAAGGAAAUUUAUGCAAAGGAAACCACCAACAAGAAAUUAUCCAAAAACUUUUUAUUCCAAGAUGAUUAAUUGUGAAAAAAUAUAUAAAAACUUUUUAAUAUAAUAUUCAUCAAUUCUGAAAAGUUUUUCCGUUUUAUAGAAAUUCAAAAAUAAAUUGCAAAAUCUG